AUGCCUGACAUCGUCAUCCCCAAAGAAUACGGCUACGUCAUUGCUACGUUUGGUGCCUCUGCUUUGUAUCUUUUCAAUUUGGGUAUCCAAACUGGUCUUGCAAGAAAGGCUGCUGGUGUCCCCUAUCCAUACGCAUACGCUGAAAAGAGCGAGGCCGAAAAAGACCCCAAGAAGCACAUUUUCAAUUGCGCUCAGCGCGUUCAACAGAACACCCUUGAAAUGUUCCCCGUUUACUCGAUUUUCUUAUGCAUUGCCGGUAUCCGUUACCCUGUUUACGCUUCCGCUGCAGGUGUCUGGUGGUUGUUGAACCGUAUGCUUUAUUCUCGUGGAUAUAUGUCAGGCAAGCCUGAGAAGCGGGCACGCGGUGUUCUUGGUUAUAUUGGCUUGUUUGGUCUUAUCGGCAUGUCCGGUAGCACUGUCUACCACUUGUUGCAAUAA